AUGGAGGAAGUUAAACUAAACCCAUACAUAUUUAAUGAUAUAAUUCCUUAUAUUAUUUACAAUGAAAUCUCAUUUAAUAAAAUAUUGGAUUUAUCAUUAUUAUCAAAAUCUACAUUUAAAUCUUUUCAAACAAAAAUAAUUUUAAAUAAAAAACUACCACUUUCAUUAUUUGAAUUUAUAAAAUAUUUAAAAAUUGAUAAUAAAAAUAACAAUAAUAACAAUAACGACGACAAUAAUAAUAUCAGCAAUACUUAUAACAUUAAAGAUUGUAAUAUAUAUAAUUUAAAAUUAAUUCAAUAUAAAGAGUUAGAAACCAUUAAAAUAUCAAGUUUACAAGAAAAUAAGAAAGAGAUUGAUUGCAUAUUGGGGAUUAAUACAAAAAACACUAAUAGUAAUGGACAAGUCAAAGAUUUUUUAACCAAACAUUUAGUAAAAUUAAGAAAAGUGGUGGUUGAUAAUUUAUUCAUAAAAACUUAUCCACCUUGUUUUUCAAACUAUGACUACACUUGUAACAAUUUUUUCAAAGUUAAAAACUGCUAUGUAUACUGGGACCACUCCAACCCGCCCCUAUCACAUGGUGAAAGAAUAUAUGACUACAAUGGUUAUGAUGACUAUGAUUUGUCAUCGCACAACUAUUACUUUAAUUUUAUCACUAAUGUAAAACCAUCAAAGCUUAUAAUUGAAACCAGUGUAUAUAAUCCAAAUAAUUAUUUUGAAGAUAUCCAUAUUUCAGAUCUAGAAACUUUAAUAUUCGAAUGUCAAGAAUCAAUUAAAUCAAUUGAUUUUGUAAAUCAUUUUACACCUCUAAAAUUAAUAGAGUCAAUUUUUAAUCCAAACAAUGAUAUUGACCUUAUGAACGAUAUAGAACAACUAACAAUACCAAAACUAAAAGAGCUAUCAAUUAUUCUAACUCCGUCUGAGAUAAAUAAACUGUGUCAGUUAGUGUCUAACAACAAUAACAAGAACAUCUGCAAACUUAUACUAAAGUCCACAAUACCAUCCUAUGAAACUAAGAGUGACACUGUUAAUAAUUUUUAUAACCCUUCAAGAUUUUUAAAAGAAUUAUUUUCAAAUGGCAACAACAACUCUAUUAGAACACUAGGCUUAAAUUUAUUUAAAAUUAAUGACCCAAUUCAUUUAUCACCUCUUUUAGAGUACCCCAACAUAAACACAAUAUAUUGCGACUCCUACUCAGUAGAACCAUUUCUUCAGCAUAUCAAUGAAAAUAAAAAAAUUAUAAAAAUAAUAUAUCAAAUAUCAAAAAACUUAUACACCACCGAAAAAGAAGAUACCAACUCGAGCAAAAAGGAGCAAAAAAAAAGAAUAAAUGUAACCCAAAUAAAAAAUGACUUUAAUAUUCAAACUAAUAUAUUUAAUCAAUUUUUUAAAAAUAACAAAUCUACAAAUUUAAAAUCAAUCACUAUUUUAAAAUAUGGAGAAGGAAUAAAUAGAAAUAGUAACAAUGGAAAAAUCAAUCAAUUUAUAAAAACAAUAUCAGAUUUAUACUGUGCCUCCAAAAACCCAAAUAAUCACUUUAUUUUAAAUUUUAAAUAA